GACUUUUCCUCAGCACAGGUCUUGAUGAAUCUCCCCAAUAUGAGGGAGAUUUUACUUAAACCUGUGCAGUGGGAGAGUGAUGUAGUUGCUCAUAGCAACCAAUCUGAUUGCUUCUUUUAUUUAUCAGUGGCCUUUUCAAAAAGGAAAGAAGCGAUCUGAUUGGUUACUAUGGGCAACUGGUCAACUUUUCUUUGCACAGGCUUUCAGAAAUCUCCCCCAUAUUUACAAAUGGACCAAACAUUUGAAUGCAAUAUAUUCCAGCACAAGUACAAGAUGAGAAGUCUCCAACAUCAUUGGUUUCCAGUGAGGAAGGACUUGACCGCACAUGAUUCCCAACCAGCCUGUAUGUACAUUAGUGCCAGCAUCUACAAUGUCUACAACAAACAAUGGGAAUUUAGCUCACACCAAUGAGACCUUACAGAACCAAGCUCCCACAGCUCUUCCUACUUAUCAGACCUCACAGAACCAAGGUCUCACUGCCGUUCCUAAUUGGAAUACACAAGUUCCUCCCUUCUUACAAAAUGCCCCUCCACCAUUUCCUGCAUAUAAUGCCGCUCCUUCAGCACAGAUGUGGACUAUCCCCACAGUGGCACCACAAUAUAGCUUGGCUACAGUAGUAGCCCCAAAUACAGAUCCAUCAUCUCCUUUUUACCAAACAUUCCUAAAAGGCAAACCAAGAGCUUUGGGGAUUGUAUUGAUUGUUUCAGCCAUCUUGGAGAUUGCUUUGGGAAUUACUCUUAUUUUUACCAUAUUCACCAUAACAUUACCAAGUGGUAUUGUUUUUUGGGGUUCAAUUUUUUACAUCAUCGCAGGGUCUCUCACCAUUGCUGCUCAUGCUAAACCCAGCCUGUGCUUGGUCAAAGGAUCCCUCUCCUUAAACAUCAUCAGCUCCAUAACCAGUAUUGUUGCUAUAAUACUAACUAUUGUUGAUCUAGGGACCACCUAUUGCUAUUACUAUUGGGAUGAUGAUCAUACAGACUACUACUUUAAUGAAUGCCUGCAACGGCUCGGAGGUGUACAUGCAGUACUAUCUAUUCAUCUUAUUAUAAAUUUGUUGCUAUUCUGUGUGUCCUUAUCCCUCUCCAUUUUUGGAUGUCGUUCUUUAUCAACGGUUUCCUCAAAUGGUCCUCAGAUGUUUUUGAUCCAAAAUAAUGGUGUGGUUUCAAUGAAUCCGUCUACAGUCCCAGCCACAUUUUCGGGAGUUGCUCAACCAUUUCCAACAGCAAAUGCACCACCUCCUCCAACUUAUGUGUUUUCAGAAGCCAAAGCUAGACCAAUGUCAUAGUUAUUUUACAUAUUUCAAAGAACAUUCCCUAAAUUCAGACACAACUGAUAAGUUAAAAAAAUCUCUAUUAAUCAGAACCAUCUAUCUUUACAUAUAGAAUUGGCAUUUUUAUAUAAUGGAUCAAGCUGAAUUUUAAGUUAAAAUUUCUUCUUAACAAUGUAAUUUAGUGAUGUUUAGUAAUGUUAAUAAAUGUUAAUAAACGAUACAACAUUCCACCAUGAUUUCAGGCUGUUCCACAGUAGAAGGGGUGUGAUCACAUACAUUGCUAUACAUUGUGAAAAUUAUCUGUUACCUCUGUUUCAUUGUUAUUUCAUUUGUGUUCUUGUUAUUUUUAACCCCUUCAUGACCCAGCGCACAUUUUUUUAGUCCACACAUUCUAAGUCCCAUAAUUUGACAAUGUUGUAUUAGGGUUUCUUUUUUGUCAGACAACUUGUACUUUUCAUUAGCAUACAUUAUUUUAUCAUAUAAUGUAUUGCGGAGCAGGAAACAAAAUACAUGUAAGGCAAAAUUGAACAAAAUA